UCGCGGUGCGCACUUUGUGCUUCAUCUGUCCGUCAUACCAGAUCGCACAAUCGGUCCCGAUACGCACGCCAACUCUGUCGCAUUUUCCCCCGCACUGCGUUUGUAACUGUACCAGAUCGGUUGCACUCGUGUGUCGUUUCCCCGCGUCCCCGCUGGAACUUUUUGACAAGUUGGACUCUUCUUUUACGCGGCAGCGCACAGCUCGCAGGGUCCAAAGAUGCCGCUGUCGGAGUUCCGCAAGAAAAAAUUACUCUUCGUCUUUAACGCUUUCUUCGAUGUUAAUCAAAGUGGCACCAUCGACAUGAAGGACAUUGAUCUCGCCGUGCAACGAAUCUGCAGCUCGAGGCAUUGGAAGUUAGACGAUGCCAAAUCGCAAUACAUUAGGGACACUUUGACAAAAGUUUGGGAAGGACUGCAGCAACGCGCCGACGAGGAUCAGGACGGACAGAUCAGUCGAGACGAGUGGUACUCGAUGUGGGAAGAGUACGCGAAAGAUCCGGCAAAUGCGCUCGAAUGGCAACAAACAUAUAUGAACUUUAUGUUCGAUCUCGAGGACUCUUCCGGUGACGGAUCGAUCGACGAGACCGAAUUCAGCAAGGUGUGCGGCUGUCACGGCAUCGAGGAGGCCGAAGCACGCGAGGCGUUCAAGAAAUUGGAGGUGGGUCAGGAAGUGACUCGCGAGAAAUUCGCCGAUCUGUGGAAGCAAUAUUUCUGCUCCGACGAUCCGAACGUACCUGGGAACUUUAUAUUCGGAAAGACUUCAUUCUAACUUCUUCGCCACACCGUGUGAGAUUGAAGACGCGCGAAUAUAAUAUAUAUAUUAUAAAUAUAUAUAUACAUAUAUUUUCGUCGUUACGACAGAUUAUUAUUUUAUGUAAGUGUAUAUGACUCGCUAAAGAGAUAGACGCAGUUCUGUAUCUACUAGUUAAAAUUCUAUUUCGUUUACUGCUCUCCCGUGUAAUCAUAUACCGAAAUAAUGAAUAUAAUUAUAAUUAAACGAUCGAGAAAACUUUGCAUUAGCCUCCUGUUCUUCGUCGCCGCUUUUUCCGUAACAGCUGUGUUUGAAUUUUCAUAAUCGCGACGUGAUUCCGGCCGGAUAAUGCACAACUUUACUUUACUAAACGUCAGGCUAUUUUGCAGUUCUAUUCACCACGUUGUACUAGGUAUUUUUAUUGUAUGUGCGAUUGAUCGAUACGCAACAAAAAACACAGAGUUAACAGUAUCUCGCAAAUCUAGCUUGCAGCUUUUUCUUUCAUUACUGCUCUAUGUAAUCCAUUGUUCCUUUGAUGGUAUUUGCAACGAUUUCGUGGACUGCCAAUCCCAAAACUAUCCGGGCUCUGCAUUUUAAACAAUCGCCACGGCCAAAAUAUUCCGAACGAUCUGUCAAAGGCGUGUUAAUUUUUUAUUUGCAAAGCUUUCUAAAUAUUUCACAGUACGGGCACGUGUUAAUGAUUCGAAUUAAGUAUCUAUCUUUAUGGCGCAUAUCGAUCCAUCACCGCCGAAGAGCUAAUUAUGCCGCAUAGUGUGUAAAUAAACGCCCUUGCAAAUUAUAAAAGUGAUUACGCUGUUUCGAUACGUGAAGAGACGAAAAGAGGCGGUCGGCAAUCGAGGUGGUUUUUUUUUCGCGUUGCAUAUAUUUAUUUAUAUUCCCGGCGCGGUUUAGAAGGAGGGCAGUCGAUCGUAAAUCCGUGAAAAUCUCUCUCUCGUUUUGCCGAUCUCGUUUCGCAAAACGGAUCGGAUUAUUAACAAUAUUCGAUUGUAAAAUUUGCCGAAACUGAUUGGCAUGUGGUGCUGAGAGAGCGAGAUUUCUCUCUGGCCCGCGCAAGAUAUUUUGAGAACCGAAAACAAACGGUGCUCGCACCAAACGUGCGCACCUCUCUACGCAGCUCCGGUAUUUUUUUACCAAAGUACCGUAACGUUCGCUCAUUUCACAGUAUUUCGUUACCCUUUAAUUUUCUCUAGACUCUUGUACGUAAAACAAAAAAUCUUUUUUUCUCGUUUGAAUUGUUUCGCUGGCACAUUCAUAACGGCAAAACCAUGCUAUUUUCGUAUUGCUGAAAAGAAGGAUUUAAUUUCUACGGAAAGCGUACACGAUGUUUCGGGAAAAAAGCAACUAUGCGGCGAAAACGUGAAGGAGAUCGAUAAACGCAUGUUACUCGAUUAACAACUAUUCAUCGUGCAAUGAUGCGCGAAAUUGUUGUUAUAUUGCGUUGCAUUGUAAAUCAUACUGCAUACAUCUGUGUGUCGAACGAGAGGAUUAAAUUUUAUGCAGACGAUCGUUCGAUCAGCUAGCGAUUAACUUCGCUAUAUUGAUUCUUCACCGGUAAUUGCUAUCGCAUUCUGUUAUAAAUUCGUGACGGGAAUUCCGAUGUAUGACCAAUUAUUAUUUGCGUCGCCAUAUAUAUAUAUCAAAAGAUACAAUCACGUCAAAUAUACAUUAUGAAAUUAAUGGUAGAUGUCUUUUGAAAAUUAUUAAUUGUCGUAAUAAUGGAUGUGCAUCGUAUUUCAGCAAUCAAAUUAUUUGCAGAAAAUGUGUACUUUAACGUUGAUUUCUAUCAGCAGAAAGCGUUUCAUUGAUGCAACUGACACAAUGUCACACUAGGGAAAUUAUAAUAUUUACGUUCAUUUUAAUUAUCGAUCACUGCCCGUGAAGAGACAAACAUAACAUAUAUCGAAACAGCAGAAUGUUCAAUCUACCGAGUGUGUAAAUAAUAAAUCACGACGAGUAUUUUCCGUACUUGUUAGAAAGUGGAUGUACUGAUAACAAUCGCUACAUUCUCGUCCGCCAUAAGUCCAUAACGAUUAUUAAACGAAUAUACGAUGCGGCUAUAAACUAGAGAGAAAUAUGAAUGUAAUGAAACACUCGUUGUCAAUUGAAAAUGUCCAGGCACGGAUUAAGCGACAUGUUUAAUUUUGUCAAAACAAUCAACAAGCAAGCGCACUUUCGUUAAUAAUUAUUAAACACUUUAUGUUUUACUUCCGCAAUUUUAAGUCGUUAUACGCUGUGGAGGUAAUUAUACUGGCAAAAUUUACAUAAUUUUCAAUCCAAGUAUUAUUACGCUACAAAAUUAUUCGUAAUUUAUUUAAAGCAAUUUCUUAUCAGUAGUUUUUCUUCAGCAAAAAUUAAAUUUGUUAUGAUAUUCUUUAUUCAAUCAUUUUACAAUUUUAAUAAAAAUUAAAAUUCAUGUAUUCUAAAAAAAAAUCGUAAGUUUCUUAACCUGUGCCUGCAAUAAUGUAUAUGGUUUCAUGUUGAAAGAAGUAUAACAUGUUUACCUGUUGUAAUAGGUAUGUACGUACUAUUCCUGUUCCUAUAAGAUGCAUAUAAGAAUAUGUUAUAUAAAUAUCACAGCAUGUCCCUAUACGUGAAAGAGAUCGACGAGAAAUAUAAAAUAUAUAUAUACUGUAAAAAAAUUAAAACUGCAUAUCCUUCUUUCGAUAAAGAUAUCCCCAGCCUUCUUAUCUUGGCAUAUUUAUAACGAGUAAGUUAUAUACACUGUACUGAUAUAAGUACGUAUAG